GGAAAACAAUGGGGUCAAGUCAUGACAUCAGCGAUCUUAAGGUCAGAAAGUCGGGAGUUCUGGAAAGGUGCCAGUUUCGAUGAACGUUCAAGUUGAUUUUUCCAAGUCAGAGUUCGUUUUUUUUCAGUAGUUCCCAGUUGUCUGGAACGCGUCAUAAGUGUUUUACCUAAGCGCACUAAACUUUUAUUUUGAAUCAUCUUUCUCGACGUCACGGGGGAAAGGUGUGACCCGGAUGUUAAACACACCCACCACAAAUUGGUAACCAAUCACAGACCAUUUUAAUUUGGCCAAUGAGGACGAGUCGUCCUCGAUUGAAGCCUUCGCGCCUUGCGGUGUUUUUUUUUUUUUUUUUUAAUAGACUGAUCGAUAAAGAAUUUAUACCUGUGCUUUUCUCAUACGUUAACAAUGCCGUAUGCUAACCAGCCAAUCACAGAAUUGACGGAUGAGAAUGUUAAAUUUGUCAUAGAGAACACCGAUCUGUCGGUUGCAAAUUCCAUCCGACGUGUCUUUGUCAGAGAUUGCAACAAUAGGUCUUUCCCCCUCACAAGGGAUGAUGUUGUGGACAAGAUGCAGUACUCCAGAGACUGUACAUGUGACGAUUUCUGCCCAGAAUGCUCUGUUGAACUGACGCUGGACGUUUGCUGCACAGCGGACCAGACACGGCAUGUGACCUCACGAGACCUGCUGUCCAACCACCCUCGAGUCAUCCCUGUGACCUCCAAGAGUCGAGACAAUGAUCCCAAUGACUGUUGAACAGGAUGAGUUCCUCUGUGGCGAUGGGGAUAACCUUCCAGAAGCACAACAAUCUCUGCAGCACUUC